ACGAUGCCCAACGUUUGAAUCAGCUGGGGGAUGAGGCUGUCAAUCAAAGCUCAUAUUUAUAGCAGGGCUGCCGAGCCUGUGCUUACUCACAGCAGACGUACGGAGACAGACACCUCCAGCUCCUCCGAACACCACCAGGGACCGGCUGGUCCUCUCCACAAGUUGGUAUUAGAUCCCACUCCAGAGGGACUUUUAUUAGUUUUACCCGUCGUGAAACAUCGUCAUUCUUGCAAACUUUCCUUUCAUCUCCUUGUGACCUCCGACGUUGGACUUUUUUUCCCCCCCGACCGUCUGCCGCCGUCAACUCCGUCACCAUGGAUACCGAGCCGCCCGGCUCGGACAACGGCACGGCGUCGAACGGCAGCUCGGUGGACCGGAGGUUCUACCUGGACCGCGGCUCCUACCAACACCUGGACCCCGGGGACCUGCGCUCGGUGGUCCCCGCCCUCCUGGGGGUGCUGUGCGCCGUGGGCCUGGCCUGUAACCUCAGCGCCAUGGCCGUGCUGGUGUCCAACGCCCGCCGGGGCAAGCUGUCCCUGGUCAACGGCCUCAUCUUCAACCUGAUGCUGGCCGACGGCCUGGUGCUGGCGUUCAGCGUGCCCUUCCGCGCCGCCGCCUACCACCGCUCCAGCUGGACGCUGGGCUGGCCCGUGUGCAAGACGGCCGACUGGUUCUUCCAGUCCUGCAUGGCGGCCAAGAGCUUCACGGUGGCGGUGAUGGCCAAGGCCUGCUACCGCUACGUCUCCGGCCCCAACAAGCAGGUGAGCCUCCGCCCUGGCUCCAUCCUGGUGGUGCUGCUCUUCACCUGGCUGACGGCCUUCUCCGUCACCGCCCCCCACCUGCUGUUCGCCACGCUGCGGCGGGAGAGCCGCGGGCUGGUGUGCGUGAUGGCGCCGCCCCCGGAGAGCCGGGACUUCAUGUGGGUGUACGUGAAGGCGUACCCCCUGGCGGUGUUCUGCCUCCCCCUGAGCUUCGCCAUGCUCUACUUCUGGAAGGCGUACGGGCGGCGCCAGCGACGGGCCACCAAGACGCAGAACCUGCGCACCCAGAUCCGCUCCCGGAAGCUGACGCUGAUGAUCUUCUGCCUGACCGUGGCCAUGGCUCUGCUCUGGCUGCCCCACUGGGUGGUGUGGAUGUGGGAGCGUCACCUGGCCGAGAGGGAGAGGGGCGAGCAGGUCGGCUCCUCUCCUCCCCUCCUGCUCUCUCUCUCCGCUCAGCUGCUCACCUUCUCCCUGUCGCUGGUGAACCCGCUCGUGGUGCUGUCGCUCUCCGAAGAGUUCCGCGAGGGCUACUGGGGCCUCUGGAGGCGGCUCACCCUGCGCAAGCAACCCCCGCCCAAACCCAAGCCCGGGCCCCACAACCCCACGUCCCUGAUGUCCCCUCACCCAAGACCGGAGACCUCGGGCCAGCAGAGAGAGGAUCGCCCUCCCCAGGGCUCCGCCACAUCUGUUCACGGCCCCAACACGGAGAGUCUGCGUCAGCCCCAGGCGGUGGUGGAGGAGGAGGAGGAGGAGGAGGAGGAGGAAGAGGAGGAGGGAUGCAGAGGCGGCGGGACGGAGGCGGAUGAGACCAGCCUGAAAGACGGCGUCGCGUUGCCCGACGUGGAGCAGUUCUGGCACGAGAGAGAGGCUGGAUCUGUGACGGAUGAAAACGACCCCGUGCCCUGGGAGCACCAGGGAGGGGGGGAGACAGUGGGGAAGGUGGUGAACUGAUCGCUGGCCGGGCUCACAUCACAAGUAAGGCGUCCGAUUAGCGUUAGUUUGAUCAGCAGAGCAGAGUUUGUGGUAAAGAAAAUCGCAAAUGCAUCUGCAUUCAGAGUUUGAGGUAUUGUCUUUUGUUUGUCGUCACAUUUUUGAUGGCUGAUAUUAAAAGCUAUUAGUAAAAGGUAACAAAUAUGUGCAUUAUAAUGUAUAUUAAAGGCUUUAAGCUGGAAUACUACUGUUACUGUGGGUAUCCCUUGAGGUAUAUAUUGAGAUUAAUUAUGUCAAAUGUCAAUUAAACAUUGACAUUUUUUUCAUAUUAGUCUCAUUGGCCGGCCAAGGAACAUUUUAAAUAACGAUAUGGUGGUGUAAAAGUGGAUUUUGUAAUAGGUAUUUGUGUAAUGAUGGUUAA